UUCGUAUUUAGGGCUUCUUCCUCUUUCGAUCUGAGGCAGAAUUAAUUAAGACUCUUCGGAUCUCCGUAGUCGCAGAAAUCUCUAAACGGAGCGGCUUAUCUUUGUUAUUUUUCCGUCUCGCCGUCUAUUUGGAAGAUCUACAUUGAUCCCACGAUUUGGCCUUCUCUACGCAUCUCUUGGUCUGGGUUCCUUCCAGAUCUGAAGAAAACCAUGCAAAAACUGGGAACGAUGGGCUGUUUCUGUCAAUUAUGGGUCUGGGUAUUGCUUUGCUGCUUGAUUUUUCAAUCUGGAGAUGGGUUUUAUCUUCCGGGUAGUUACCCCCAUAAAUACGAAGUCGGCGAGCUGUUAUCAGUGAAAGUAAAUUCUCUUACUUCCAUUGAUGCUGAGAUGCCCUUCAGCUAUUACAGUCUACCCUUCUGUAAACCUAGUGAGGGCGUGAAAGACAGCCGAGAAAACCUUGGUGAACUCCUCAUGGGGGAUAGGAUCGAGAAUUCGCCUCUCAGGUUUAAGACUUACACCAACGAAACCGAGAUCUUUCUCUGCGAAACCGGUCCAUUGUCAGCCGACGACUUCAGUGUUUUGACCAAGAGAAUAGAUGAGAUGUAUCAGGUGAAUCUGAUCCUUGACAACCUCCCUGCGAUUCGCUACACAAAGAAAGAUAAUUACUUCAUUCGGUGGACUGGUUACCCCGUCGGUAUCAAGGUUCAGGAUGUUUACUAUAUGUUCAACCAUUUGAAAUUCACGGUUCUGGUUCACAAGUAUGAGGAAACCAAUAUGGCCGGAAUGAUGAGCACUGGUGAUGCUGGGGAGGUGAUCCCUACAAUGGAGAAGGCCGGAUCCAAUGUGCCAGGUUACAUGGUUGUGGGAUUUGAGGUGGUUCCGUGCAGUUUCCAGCAUGAGAUGGAAGCGGUUAAGAAACUGAAGAUGUAUGAAAAAUACCCAUCUCCCAUCCACUGCGAUCCCUCCACUGUGGCGAUGGCCGUUAAGCAAGGUCAGUCAUUGGCCUUCACCUAUGAGGUCACCUUUGUGGAGAGCGAUAUCAAAUGGCCAUCUAGAUGGGAUGCAUACUUGAAGAUGGAGGGAGCUAAGGUCCACUGGUUUUCAAUUCUCAACUCUCUAAUGGUGAUCACCUUCCUUGCUGGUAUUGUGCUCGUGAUAUUCUUGAGGACUGUCCGGCGGGACCUUACUCGCUAUGAGCAGCUUGACAAGGAAGCACAGGCCCAGAUGAAUGAGGAGCUAUCAGGGUGGAAGCUUGUCGUGGGAGAUGUCUUCAGGACUCCAAACAAUCCGACCCUCCUUUGUAUAAUGGCUGGAGAUGGUGUUCAGAUUCUGGGAAUGGCAGUUGUGACAAUCAUGUUUGCUGCACUUGGCUUCAUGUCUCCAGCUUCUCGUGGAGCGCUUCUCACUGGUAUGCUAUUCUUCUACAUGUUCCUUGGAAUUGCAGCAGGUUAUGUUGCUGUUCGGCUUUGGAGGACAAUCAGUUGUAACAGUAACGUGGGAUGGAUAUCAAUCUCAUGGAAGGCUGCCUGCUUCUUCCCUGGUAUUGCCUUUCUGAUACUAACCACUUUGAAUUUCCUUUUGUGGGGUAGCCAUAGUACUGGGGCAAUUCCUUUCUCCAUUUUUGUUGUUCUAAUUUUGCUCUGGUUCUGCAUCUCUGUUCCUCUUACUCUUGUUGGUGGGUACCUUGGGGCUAAGGCACCUCACAUUGAGUACCCUGUUCGGACUAAUCAGAUCCCUCGUGAAGUCCCAGCUCAAAAGUACCCAUCUUGGUUGUUGGUCCUUGGAGCAGGGACUCUUCCUUUUGGUACCCUCUUCAUUGAGCUCUUCUUCAUAUUAUCUAGCAUUUGGAUGGGUCGUGUCUACUAUGUUUUCGGAUUCUUGUUCAUAGUACUGACCCUUCUUGUGGUAGUCUGCGCUGAAGUGUCCCUUGUUCUAACUUACAUGCACCUCUGUGUGGAGGACUGGAGGUGGUGGUGGAAAUCCUUCUUUGCUUCUGGUUCUGUUGCCCUCUACAUUUUCUUGUACUGCAUAAACUAUCUCAUAUUUGAUCUUAGGAAUCUGAGCGGUGCUGUCUCGUCAACUCUAUUCCUUGGUUACUCACUCUUCAUGGUUAUAGCAAUCAUGCUUGCCACAGGCACAGUUGGUUUCAUUUCUUCCUUCUGGUUUGUGCAUUACCUGUUCUCUUCAGUGAAACUAGAUUGAAUUUCCCCACCUCAAGGAACUCUUAUUUUUUAAACAGUAGUGGAGAUGACUAGAAAAUGGAACAACACAGCUCAUGUACACCUUGAACUUCUUUAUCAACCUGUCCUGAAUUUAUUCUCUUCUUAAACUUGGUAAAGAUUAUACUAUUUUCAUCCAGUUUUGAUUAAUUCCUUAGUAGUUCAUAGCUGCAUGAUACUGUUCUUUUCUUGCAUAUUGGGGCAUGGGUAUUCACAGUUACUCGUAGUUGGUGGUAUCAGCUUUGAUCUCUCUAUUUGAUUACUCAGCAGAUGGAUUUAUGUAUUAUUAUGCAGAGAUUCGUGGUCUUCUUGUUUCUGAUUUAGAAUUGUUAAAUGUUUGAGUUGAGCAAAUUCUUUUGAUCACUUGUUUUAUGGAGACCAUCAUUAGCGUUA